CUACGGGCAACGGUGCUCGAGAACCGGGAACUGGUUGCCAAGAUGGCAAUGGGUCUCUCACGCUUCAACCUGGAGGAGCUGACGAAGAUGUGCGUGGACCUCAAGAUCGCAUUGCCUACAAAGCAGACCAAGGGGGAACUUACGAAGCUCUUGAGGACAGCCUACAGCGGGCACGCGAACGAGGAGAUCGACUUUGGGCGCCACAAGGGAACUCUUUACAAGGACGUACCGAUGGAGUACCAGAAAUGGGCGAUCAAGGAGACGGAGGCGAACGAAGAGCCAUCGCUCAACCUGGUGAAGUUCACGGCCAAGAAGGUGAAGGCGCUGGAGGUGGAUAUCGAGGAGGUUGCGGUGAUACCUGUGCCCGACACCAAGGUGGACACCAAGGUCAUGGUGGAUAUGAAGGUGACAACCAAGGCGGCGAACCAGGACAAGAACAAGAAGAUGGCGACGACUUCCACGACUGCCAGGAAGAGGGAGACGGCGACCGACUCAGACGACUCAUGGAUGAGGAUGGAGACGCAGUCAGAUCCGGAGGCUCUGGAGAAGAUCAUGCAGCUGGAGAACGAGGUCAAGCGGAGGCAGUACUGGCAGCGGAGAAAGUGCUUGAUGCAGGAAGCCAGGAUCGCUCGGGAAAUCCAGAAGCUUGGUGUCGACGCGGCGGCGAAGACCUAUGGCGAGAACGGCGCGGGCGAUGACAAGGACUACCAGGAGGGCAUGGACCGGGACUUGGACAACAACGGCGGCUUCGACCAGGACGAGGAGUUGGACAUCGGCAAGUGCCAUGGGAAAAGGGUGAAGAAGGCGACAAGGAAGAUGUUGACAUCCUGGGUCCGGAAGUCUUGGCAAGCCUUUGCGCUUUUGACGUCAGCCCUGGCGACACCUUUGCUGGCGGAAGCCCAGGCUACCUUAGUAGAGCCGAUCCUGGACAUCAAGAAUGUCUUCUGCAGACCAGAGGUGAACGAAGAGCAGCCCUAUGUGCUGGAGAUCUUCUCGGGAAAGGCAAGAAUAACCCAGGCUUUCGCGGCAAAAGGGAAGGUGGUGAUGGAGCCUCGGGAUAUAUGCAACGGCCACGACAUAAGGAGUCCAGAGACGAGAAGGGCGAUCCUAGACGACAUUAACGAGUUCAAGCCGAAGCUGGUCGCGGGUGGAAGACACUUCAUCAUGGAAAACCCCGAACACAGCGCCAUUUGGGAAGUCAACCGGAUAAAGAACGUCAAGAAGGACCUGAGGCUGCACGAGUCCAACUUGGACAUGUGCGGCUACGGAUUACAGGCAGUUACAGAUGGACGAGCCUUGAAGAAGCCGACCAAGCUGCUGGUGAGUCACUACGGUAUGGCUGAGGACCUGGGAAGGCGUUGCAACCGGCAGCACGACCACGGACAAACGGCAGGGACAAACACUGCGGCCUCGGCAUGUUAUACGUGGGAGUUCGCGAGGGCCGUGGUGCGCGCGACAGAGAAGGUAGAGAAGAUGCUGCAUUCAGCCUAUGUGGCGGACGUUGAGAUCGGCAUGAACGACGAAGAAGGCGACGAGGAGCUGGUGGCGGACCACGAGUGGCAGGGUGCGGCUGGUAUAACGCUGCCGAAGACGGUUCCCAAGCAGAUGGCGGCGGCUCUCAGACGGGUACAUCAAAAUCUGGGACAUCCAAGCAACACUGAUCUAGCCCGGCAUCUUCGUCUGAGCGGCGCGACAGAUGCGGCUGUGAAGGGUGCAGAGCAGCUUCGGUGCCAGACAUGCCUAUGCACGAAGAGACCAGGGCCUCAAAGGCCGGUGAAGCUGGUGCUACCGAUGGACUUCAACGACGAGGUUGCUGUGGAUAUAUUCUACUUGUACGACAAGGACCAGAUGAAACACACUGUACUGUCGGCAAUGGACAUGGCCUCCGGGUACCACGUGUGUCGGACCAUCACAAGCAGACUCUCCAAGGACCUGGCAGAGACUGUGCGACAGAUGUGGCUGGAAUGGGCUGGGUCGCCAAAGAGGAUGGUGUGCGAUCAGGAGCGCGGUUUUCAGAAGGACUACGUUGACCGUAUGGAGCAGCAGCAGAUCCACGUCAAGUACAUCGCUGGACAGGCUCAUUGGCAACUGGGGUCACUGGAGAGGCAACAAGGGUGGCUUCGGUCUAUGUGGGAUAAAGUUGUGGAGCACGAGGGCAUCGACUACACGGAGGUGGACUGGACGCUAGCCCAGUUGGUCCACGCCAAGAACAGUCUGAGGAGACGAGACGGGUACUCACCCUCGCAAUGGGUAUUUGGUGUGGAACCACGUAUGGAGCACGGACUGCGAGAUGGAGGACAUGACGGUCAAGGACAGCCUGACACGGUAGGAGGAGCAUGGAGCCGGAAGACGGCUUUGCAACGGGCAGCGAGAAAGGCCUUCUACGAGAGCCAGGCGAACGAGACGAUGAAGAGGGCGGCCCUCGGACGACCUCGAGUCCGGAGGCACGAGUAUCAGACCGGCGACAUCGUCUACAUCUAUCGGGUGAUGAAGACUGCGGGCGGUGCUGGGCGAGUACGGCAAGGUGCUGGACAGUGGAUAGGCCCGGGCACAGUGAUCGGCAGCGAGGGCGAGUCAAUAUGGGUGUCGCGUGGGGGACGGUGUUUGUUGUGUGCCAAGGAGCACUUGCGACCGGCUGAGUCUGAAGAGCUGGGCACGUUGUUUCAAGCACAGUCAAUGCAGCGGGAUUUGAAGCGACUGAUGGAACGGAUCGAGGACGACGACGUGGAGGAUGAGGAGAUCUUCAAGGAAGUGCCGGCCGUUCUGGAAAAGACCGAGGCGCUUUGGACGACACAGAAGAGGACACCUAAGACUAUGGCUAAGCAACAGGACAAGGAGAUCGCGUGGAAGGACAUCCCGGAGAAUGAGAAGCCACUCUACUUGCAGGCCGAGCAGAAGCAGUGGCAAGAGCACCUGCUGUAUGGGGCGGUGCGGGUCCUGAGCGUGGACGAGAGCAGGCGUGUGAAAAAGGAGGUUGAUCCUAGUCGCAUCUUGACGGCCCGCUUCGCAUACCGGGAUAAGAACGCGGCAAAAGAGGAGAGCCGACCCGAGCGUACCACCGAAGCCAAAAGCCAGGCUCUGUAUAGCCGGGCACCGCGACCCUAA